GCCUUGUUAUCGUUUACUGCUGUGCGUAGUCCGGAUCUGUACGUAUAAAUGUAAAUGCGUGUAGAGCAUCCCGUGGUAAUUCCCGGUUUGACGGUUGAUCGACGAUGAUAACCGUUCUUGGCAAAUACGUGCACUGCCAACAUCGAAAUGGUGUUUUCCAACCUCCCUCAUCACGAGAAGGAUGCGUUCUUUUCACUGCUGGAUGAGUACUUCCAGUCUCGACCGCAGCUUGCUUCUGCACUGUCUGGCAACGGCGCAUCAGAAGCGAGCACGAGUGCCUCGAUAGGACGAGUAGCAGCAGCAGCACAUGCCUUUGGGUCGAAUCUGCCUGCUCCGCCGCGUCGGUCGCCUGGGAGCCCAUCGCCAGACCGGACGCCUGCAGGCCUCGUGUCGAGCAAGAUGUUUGGAAACGUCGAUACCACAUCCAAGGCAUCCAUGCUCACCUCAUCGCUAAAGUCCAAGUCACUCGCACCGCCUCCCAAGACCUAUGCUUCUCCUCCCCCGCCCGCCUUUGCACCUAAUAAGAACAAAUUUGCACCUCCGCCCGUGCGACAUGCCCCGCCGCCUGAACCAGAGCCUGAACCAGAACCGGAGCCAGAGUCAGAGCCAGGCGAGUGGGCGGAGGCGUUGUAUGACUAUGAUUCUGGGGAAACGGGAGACUUGAAGAUACGUGCCAACCAACGAAUCCUGGUUACCGAGAAGAGCUCUGCGGACUGGUGGAUGGGGGAAGUAGAUGGAAGAACGGGGUUGUUCCCUGCCUCGUACGUCAAGCUUUUGUAGGAUUUAUUGAUAGACACUGGAAUACAACUCUGCGUUCUUUCAGCGGCGACGGCGACAAUACUGGAAUGAAUGCCUUGUGUUUCUUGAAUCUUUCUUCCCUGAGGUUGUUCGGUUUGGCACCCGGACGCGUUUCCAGCACGAGUACUCGUGAGUGGA